CAGGCCCCCGUCUUGUCAGUCCCUAUGAUUACUGGAGGUUAUAAACUUCCUCACAUAUGUGAACUUCAGAAAAUGUUAACUGAUGAAGAGUGGACAUGUGCUUUUGUUGGUCUCAGACCCCUGAAUGAAGUCUCUUUGCUUUUGACAGGAUCAAAUUCUUUGAUCUGCUACACCUGCACCAGCAACAGCCCUGGCCUGUGUUCAGCUCAGCCCACCAUCUGUGAAACUUCAUCCACCGCCUGUGGGAGUUUUGCACUGCAAGUCGUGGAUAAUGGCAGGUCCAGCACGCAGUAUUAUCAAAGCUGUGCCUACCCAGGAAUCUGCAAUUCCCCCUUGUCCUUUAACAUUGGGGUCCUCAGUGCCAAUGUCAAUGCCCAGUGCUGCACGACAAGCCUCUGCAACCCGGUGAACUCAGUAACAGUGUCUCCACAAACUCUGAAUUCUCUGACGUGCUAUUUUGGAGUAAAUGACAACAUCAAGGGGACUAUCCAGUGCAAAGGAAGUGAAACCCUCUGCUUCACAAUUGGACUGAAAAACAGAGGAAUGGUCAGAGGAUGCACUUCACAGGGUGUCUGUGACAACUAUGAAACAGUCAUCAGCUUCUUUGGUGACACCCCGACAACAAAACCCACAUGCUGCAGUGGAAACUUAUGCAAUAGCAGCUGGAGGCCAAGAUGGAGUCCCAUUUUGUAUCUGCUUGUGCUGACAGCAGUGACCUUCUUCUACUAAAUUUGUGCAGACCUAAGAUGGUCAUGGAAGGAUGGGCUCUGUCACCUGGCACCCCAUUGAUUCUGUAUGCUGCACUUUUUCCUUCGAUUUGUCAUGUGUAAUUAAUUGCUUUUAAAAUUUGUGAUUUUUCU